AUGGCAGCAACAGAUACAGCCGGUGUUAAUCUCAAUGAGGACAAGAUUGAUGAUCUUGAAGAGAAGAUAACAGGGAUUGUAAUCAGAGGAAUGAAAUCCAGUAUGUCAAGGGUAACGAGUAGGAAGGCAAAUCCAUUGUUCCUUUUGCUGCGAUUAUUGAUUAGCUAUAUCACAAUAACCAGGCAUUGUAUGAUGUUGAUCCUAUUAAUGCACGCCGUGAAUGCGUAUAGUCCGCAGAAAUUUGCUAUCGAACCGCAGGAUCAGAGUGCUGUACUUGGGUCAAGGGUAACUUUGCCGUGUAGAGUUAUUAACAAAGCCGGUCAACUUCAGUGGACAAAAGAUGAUUUCGGUCUUGGAACUCAUCGCCAUUUGACAGGAUAUGAGAGAUACAAGAUGGUUGGAAGUGACGAGGAAGGAGACUAUUCAUUGGAUAUCAGUGACGUAACUAUCGAUGAUGACGCUAACUACCAGUGUCAAGUCAGCACAGGACCGAAAGGAGAAUUAGCUAUACGGUCUAGAUAUGCUCGUCUUACCGUGUUGGUGCCUCCCGAACCUCCGAAAAUUUUGAAAGGACCCACGAUAGAGGCUGUUGAAGAUAGGGAAAUUAUGUUGGAAUGUGUAUCAGUGGGCGGAAAGCCCGCAGCUGAAAUAACCUGGGUAGAUAGUGAGGGUAAUGUUCUUAAUCAAGGAGUUACUUACACUAUAGAACAGAUGUCUGAUGGCAGAAGGUUUAUAGCUAGGUCCGUCUUGCACCUUCGACCGCGAAGACAGCAUCACUCCCACACAUAUACUUGCCAGGCGCAGAAUACAGCAGACAGAGCGUAUAAGGCCGCCAGUGUCGUAUUAAAGGUACAAUAUGCACCCAAAGUUAGAGUUGUCGUGAGAUCGAGACCAAACGGUAAAAUACAGGAAGGGGACACUUUAGUUGUUGGAUGUCAAGCAACUGCUAACCCAAGUAACGUAACUUACAAAUGGUACAUAAACAACGAGCAAGUACCAACAGCAAGAAAUAAUGAGUUGAUAGUUACGAAUGUCUCUCGAAAGCACAACGAAGCUACAAUCAAAUGUGAGGUACAGAAUGAAGUUGGCAGCAGUGCUGAUUCUAAAUCACUGGACGUAUCCUAUGGUCCAGCAUUUAAGGUUAAACCACGAAACGUGGAAGGUGACAUCGGAUCCGUGGUAACACUAACAUGUUCGAUAGAAGGUCACCCGCAACCUAAAUUAUUGUGGUUAAGAUACGAACAAGAUAAAGUCAUUAGGGUUGGUAAAUCGCCAAAUUUAACAGUAACAAUAAACAAAGAAACGGCUGGUCAAUAUUGGUGCAGAGCAAGCGUAGAAGGCUAUCCAGAUAUAGAGUCACCUGCUAUGGUCUAUGUCAAAGAAUGUUAUAUUAGUCUUGAUAUAUUUUUUGAAGGUCCUCCAAGAAUUAUUUCUAAUCAAACUCAAUAUGGCGUAGAAGGUGGUAGUGUGAGAAUCGAGUGUGUCGCUUUUUCUGUUCCCAAACCCGAUUACAUUAUAUGGUCAUUUGGUGGCAAUGAAAUAAACUCAUUCCACAAUCAUGAAUAUGCGUUUCUCGAAGAGUCUCUGCCAGAUGGUUUAACCAAAUCUUCUCUUGUUAUAAGAGAGAGUAAAACAAAACACUUUGGCAGCUACAAUUGUAGUGUUUCCAAUGCUUACGGACUUGACAGUCUGGAAAUACAUCUUAUACCAGACAAAACGAUGCCUUUAAUAAUAUUUGUUAUCGGUGGAUCGGGAGCAACGAUACUUAUUCUAAUAAUAAUGUUAAUUGUAAUGCUAUGCCACAAGAACUCAAAUAAGAAAGAAAAAGAAGAGAAUAUAACAGAAAUAUCGAAAGAAGAUAAAUUUAAAGACGGUGACAGUUCAAAUAUAAGUGACUUAAAAUUGGAAUUAAGACAAGUUGAAGGAAACUGCGAAAUGGAUCAUUCGACUGGACCUGAGUUGGACAUGCGUUCAGCUCUCCAAAUAACCAGCAAUCUUGGGUUACCACUGGCAGGACCUGUUCACGACCACGUGUAUAGAUACAGUGACGAAUUCAAUGUUCAUGGAUUUAAGAAUCAAGAUCAAAGUAAAGGCUACGUCCCAUACGUUGACUAUUCUAGAGAUUACGCUCCUCCCACUAAUGAUUCGAUGACUGGAUCUUUAUCCAGGAGUACUGAUGAAUCCACUUACCAGAGUCACUGUGGAUCUUUGAACCGGCAAGGAAGUUGUGGCAGAUUAGGAGGAUUGGUAGGCCCGGAUGUUAUACCGAUGGCAAAUUCAGGUGUGGUUAUGACAGGAGUAGACGUAAGAUAUGCGGCGACGUAUGGCAAUCCUUAUUUGAGAAGCAAUGGAGUUGGUUACGUUCCACCUGUUGGUAAUUCGGCGAAAAAUGCACCACCUCCGUACUACACACUGCGAAAUACAAAUCAACAACCCAGUCCGUCAAUGUCGUCAUCAAUAACGAAUUCUUUUACAAGCCAGAUCACACCUCUACCUAAUAAUGCUCAACCACAAGUUCCGGAACUCACGUAUAAAUGA